AUGUCGUGGGACGAACGGGUGCCAGAGGAAGACGGCAAGCUGUUCGCGACGUGGUUGUCGCAACUGUCGGCGAUCGGCCAGUUGCGCAUUCCCCGACAUUAUGGACCGACGAGCCACGAGCGACGCAUCGAGCUCCACGUUAUGUGCGACGCCAGCGAGCAGGCCUACGCAGCGGUGGCGUAUUGGCGGAUGGUCGGCCAAGAGAACGUUACACUCUCUUUGGUGGCCGCCAAGGCGAAGGUGGCACCGCGACGGACGCAAACGAUACCCCGCCUCGAGCUGCAAGCGGCGGUAAUCGGGGCGCGCCUCGCUGACGCAGUGAAGAAGGAGCAUCGCAUCGUGGCGGAGAGAACUAUAUAUUGGACUGACUCCACAACAGUCAUCCACUGGAUCCGGAACGACGAGCGACGGUACACACCCUUCGUCGCGCAUCGUCUGCGGGAGAUCGCCGAGCUCACCGACAAAAGUGAGUGGCGAUGGCUACCCACGACGCACAACGUCGCCGAUGAAGCCACUCGACUUCGGAGCGACGCCGUGAGUGAAGACAGCCGGUGGUUCCGGGGACCUGAUUUCCUCCUCGAGCCCGAACAAUCAUGGCCCACGAGAGACGGAAGUCAGGACGACGAAGCAGAGGUCCUGCACAUCACAGAGAGCCCGGAAAAGGAACGCUGGCUGCCCGACCCGACCCGCUUCUCCAAGUAUGAAACAUUGGUGCGAGCCACGGCGAGAGUCUUGGCGUUCGCGGACAUCGCGCGACGCAAGACACCACACCUGGAAGUGGGACACCUGAAGCGGGCGGAGCUGUUAUUAAUGCAACAGGCGCAAAGGGAGAGCUUCGGGGAAGAGCUGCAACGAUUGAAGUCUUCCCAGCCGGUACAAAGGACGAGUCGGCUAUUCAAGCUGGACCCGGUGUUAGAAGAUGGCGUGCUGCGAGUCCGGGGACGCAUCGGAGCAGCCACAGUCCCGGAUGACGCCAAACGACCGGUCAUCUUGGACGGCCGACACCCCGUCACGAAGCUCAUCGUGCUGCAAGAACACUGUGCCGCAGGUCACGCAAAUAGGGAGCGCGUGACCAACGACCUGCGGCAAAAAUAUUGGAUAAUACACCUGAGGCCCACCGUGCGCACCGUGGAACGAGACUGCGCACUGUGUAAGGUGCGACGCACGAAGCCGCAGCCACCGGCCACGGGAGAUCUACCCCGUGCCCGCUUGGACCCGUAUCAUCGGCCCUUCUCCAACUGCGGAGUGGACUACUUCGGGCCGAUGAUAGUGAAGAUCGGACGCCGGCGAGAGAAGCGUUGGGGCGCGCUGUUCACCUGUCUAACGACACGCGCCAUACAUCUGGAGCUCGCCGCAUCCCUGUCAACGGAUUCGGCCAUCAUGGCGUUGCGCAGGAUGGCAGCAAGAAGAGGAUGGCCGAAAAUAAUGUAUUCCGACAACGCCACAAACUUCAGGGAGCGGAUGAAGAUCUACGAGCGGCCUACAAGGAGUGGCAACCCGAGCUACGCAACGUCGGGCUGCUGCAUCGGAUGGAGUGGCGCUUCAUCCCUCCGGGCGCACCCAACCAGGGAGGUGCGUGGGAACGACGUCGAUCGACGGGCAUGGCGAGCGGCGCAGGCGUUGGCGGACAACUUCUGGCGCCGGUGGAUAGCGGAGUACCUACCGACCCUGGUACCCCGCGGCGAGUCAACAAGAAGAGUUCGUCCGCUGCGCGUGAACGACGUGGUCGCCAUCGCCGACCAACAGCUGCCGAGGAACGUGUGGCCGCUGGGGAUCGUCCAGCGCACGUUCGAGGGACCCGACGGAGCCAUACGAGUCGCUGAAGUCAAGACAAAGAGCGGCGUAUUUCGACGCCCGGUGACGAAGAUCGUCGUGCUGCACCCGGAGGAGGAGGCUGCGCGAGCUACGCCGGGGGGGAGGAUGGUUAGCUCGGUGGUAAACCUAACGGUGAUAACAAGCCGAGCUAGCGGUGACCAGCCCGCGCUGCGCCCCCUCAGGGCUAAAGCGAAGCCGGACGGGUGCGGACAAGGAAGCUGUGGAGACACACCACAGUUUCCCCCGCAUAUCUCCUUCCCAACCCUACCCUAUCCCUUUCACUCCAUCCCGUGUGACGGUUGA